AUGGAGUCCUCCAUCGCCGCUACUACCGCCACAUCGGUCGUCGUCAGGACAUGUGUUCCGGCCGCCGUCUUCUUGCCAUCAUUCUCCUCCUCGUCCUUUAUUAGUCCCGCCCUACGCAACGGUCAAGCCUUCCGCUGCAGGUGCAGCAGCAGCAGCGCCACCAAGCAGGACUGGGUGUCGACGUCGUCGUCGGCGGUCCUGUACACGCUGGACGACGCGCCGCUGUUCAGCAUGCCGGAGGUGAUCCAGUGGGACAGCGGCAUGUCCAUGAACGCCAUCGCGGCCGCGCAGGGCAUCCAGAUCCGGCGCCGGUUCCGCGCCAGGUACCCCUCCGAGGGCACGGGCGCCGACCGCGCCAUCCCGCGCCACAUCCUCGAGCAGAUCAUCUGGGACAAGGAGGUGGAGGUGAUCCAGAGGAUGGCUCGGACGCCGCUCAGCGACGUGAGCGCGGCCGCGGAGCUCGCGCCGCCGCCGAGGGACUUUCUCCGGGCGCUGCGCGGGGCAUGCCAUCGUAACGGCGGCGUCCCCGCGCUCAUCGCCGAGGUCAAGAAGGCGUCGCCCAGCAAGGGCCUGCUCAGGGACCACUUCGAUCCGGUGGAGAUCGCGCAUGCCUACGAGAAGAACGGCGCGGCCUGCCUGAGCAUCCUCACCGACGAGAAGCACUUUCAAGGGAGCUUUGAGAACCUGGAGACCGUCCGCAACUCUGGUGUGAAUUGCCCUCUGCUGUGCAAGGAGUUCGUCAUCGACGUCUGGCAAAUCUACUACGCGCGUUCUAAAGGCGCCGACGCGAUCCUCCUGAUGGCGGCCGUGCUUCCGAACAUAGACAUCACCUACUUUCUUCGCAUUUGCAAGAGUCUUGGAAUGACAGCUCUUGUUGAGGUUCAUAAUGAGAGGGAGUUGGAUCGCGUCCUCAAGAUAGAUGGUGUUGAGCUUAUCGGCAUCAACAACCGCAGUCUAGGGACAUUCGAAGUCGAUACCGCCAACACAAACAUGUUGUUGGAGAAGCGUGGUGACAUCAUCAAGAAGAAGCGAAUGCAGGUUGUGAGCGAGUCUGGGCUGUUCACUCCUGAUGACGUGGCAUAUGUGCAAAAUGCUGGCGUUUUCGCGGUUUUGGUAGGAGAAUCCCUACUGACGCAGGACGAUCCUGGCCGAGCAAUUGCUGGGUUGUUCGGGAAGGAGCUCUUACCUUAA